CUAGUAGUUUGCGCAAUGAAAACAUCUUACUCUGAUGAAAUGCUUAAAACGGUUACAUGUUUACAGCAUGAGAACUUCAGGAAACAACAAACUGAGAAAAUAAAGGACCAAGAAAUCAGUUCCAAGGUGUAUUUCCUGAAGCAGACCGUCAGUAACUCCUGUGGGACAAUUGGUCUGAUACAUGCGGUUGCUAAUAAUAAAGACAAACUGAAGCUUGAUGAGGGGUCUGCCCUGAAGAAGUUUCUAGAUGAAACAGCUGAUCUGUCUCCUGAAGAGAGAGCUAAGCAUUUUGCAAAUAACAAGGCUAUACAAGAAGUCCACAAUUCGGUUGCACAAGAAGGACAAUGUCGGGUUGAGGACAACAGUAUGAACUUCCACUUCAUCCUGUUCGUCAACGUGGAUGGACAUCUGUAUGAACUGGAUGGGCUCAUGCCAUUCCCUGUAAAUCAUGGCACAAGCUCGGAUGACUUGCUAUUGAAGGAUUCUGCUAAGAUUUGCAGACAAUUCACAGAACGUGAAAAGGGAGAGGUUCGUUUCUCUGCUGUGGCUUUCUGCAAGUCGGCCUGAGGCUCUGAAGAGAUGCAAGGAAAACAGUCUAAUAGCACACCAGUAUAUGCAGUCUAAACUCCAGUGCUUCAGUACUUGUUAAACACAGCUGUUCUGGUAACUUAAAUCGUUUCCACCUCUUGCUAUACACAGGAGCAACAUCAGCUGAGCUUGUGCUAAAGGAUGAGCUCAAGUUUUAAUGUGAACAGUUUGGACACAUCAGAUGUCUUUAGACUCUUUUUUCACAUGUUAAGUAGAAAAUGCUUAACGGGGCUUGUUUAAUCUGUAACAUGUUAAUUGAGCUGUUGGUUGAUAUUUCCUUGUCUUUAAUGAGAAUAAAAUGUUCUGCUGGAAGACUAAGACUAAA